AUGACAGAGGUACAGGAGCUGUUAAAACUGAGGGCAUUUGUUCUAAGAGUCGUAGAAGAAGAAGGUUGGAAAGUGGCGGCAAAGAUACCAAAACCAACCCCUAGUGAAACCGAUGAAUUUAGGGAAUUACUAACUGAAGCAAGGAAACAAGCUAAACCUUCUGAAGGAUUUCCCGCAUUCUAUAGUAGAGGAACCUGGAGAAGUAGAGGCACCUUAUGUCCAGCACCCACCACCUAUGUUUCAAGGGUACCAGAGUCAGAAUGUGAUCCCGAACCCAGAUCAGCAACAAAGCAGUUUAACUGCUAUUUUUGUGGUGGCGCUGGUCAUACAGCAGCAGUAUGUCCAUCAAAAUCGGCAGAGGAACAAAAUAAUAAUAAUAGCUGGCGAUACAGAUCAGAGCAGGGAGGUUGUAGGAAAAAUACACGAGCCAGCAGCCGUGAGAUAUUAGAUGGAAAAGAUAGGACCCCCACCAGUAGUAGAUUGCUGGUUAAGGAACUUAGUGCCUCUGUUUCCAAGGAAUGUAUGGAGCCUCAUCGAAAAAGGGGAUCCAAAACCCUACAAACUAACGGCAGAACAAAAGGUGUAGUUGGAGGAGGAGUUAAAUCGGGCACAAGUGAUCGUGUCACAACAAAAGCUGGAGGAGACAAAAGCUUGUUUGAGAACAUUGUUGGAAAUAAAUUGGGUAACAGCCAGACAGUUGGCAAGGGUUACGGGCAAG